AGAAGUGUGAUGGUCACUCAGCUGCAGUCUGCAGCUGCAGCAAACGCAAGCAGCAGAUUGGUCGUUGUUUUCCUACUGCUGUUGCUUUGUCAGUGUCUCCACGCUCAAUGUCCCUCUGAAUGUGACUGCCUGGAUACUUCCGUGUUCUGCUCUUCCAAACAACUGACGGAGAUUCCAUUGGGCAUCUCGGAAUCGACAACGUACUUAGAUUUGAGCUCUAAUCAGAUUGCCAGUAUUCAAGAUGGUUUGUUCAGUGAGAGGAAACUGGGAGAAUUGAGAAAACUGUAUCUGAAUAGCAAUCAGCUGACAAGUAUUGAGUUUGGAACAUUUACUGGACUCCCGCAUUUGACAGAAUUGUAUUUGCACAAUAACCAGAUUUCGGAGAUCGAAGAUAGAGCAUUUGCUGCACUUCCUCAACUUCAAGUUUUGCAACUCAAUGGCAACAGGCUUGAAAAAUUUGGACGUUACAUUCUCGCUGGACUGUCACUGCUACAGAGACUUCAUAUUUGUUGCAUGUCAACUUUGACCAGUGUGGAAGAUGGAGCCUUGGCACACGUUGAAUACCUUCAGCAACUAGACUUGCAAAGUAACAGCUUACAGACACUACCAUUGGAUCUGCGCCUCUCGCUUUCACGAUUGACUAGUUUGCAGCUUUCACAUAAUAGAAUCAGCUCGUUGACUGCAGGCGCAUUUGGAGGCUUGUCAUCAUUAUCAACGUUAUCUUUGUCUCAUCUUGACUUGUCCUCUCUACCUUUGAAUAGUUUCACUGGAUUAGCAACUCUGACAACGAUGACAAUAUCUAGUAUGAGUUCUCUGACAUCUUUACCAGCUGGUGUAUUCUCAGGUUUAUCAUCUCUACGUACAUUGAAAUUGGAAGCUCUUGGUUUAACGUCGUUGGCAGCAAACACUUUCUCUGGGCUUUCAAAGCUACAAACGUUAGAUAUUCAUGGUAAUUCUAAUUUGGAAAGUAUUCAAUUGAACACGUUCAAGGGUUUGACAAGCUUAGAAGCAUUAUAUCUAUACUCCAACAGUCUGACUGUAGUUCUUGGUGACACAUUUAAAGACAUGUCUAGUCUGACAUCAUUAGAUUUGAGGUACAAUAGCAUUGCCACUGUGUAUAAAGGUUCAUUCAAUGAUUUGGCAAACUUGCGGUCGUUAGAUUUGUAUUCCAACAGACUGUCUGAUAUUCCUUCAUUGACAUUUCACGAUUUAGAAAAAGUGACUUCUUUGAAUCUGCGCAACAAUCCAGUAGAUACUAUUCACAGCAGUUCCUUCAGUGGUCUGUCAAGUCUUACAUCUUUAGAUUUACAGAGGUUACGUUUAACUGAAAUUCCAGUGGAUGCUUUCCAGGGUAUGUCAAGUAUCAACUCAAUCAAUUUGCAAUACAAUGAAAUAUCUAUGAUAUACAAUGGCUCAUUUAAUGGUCUUUCAAGCCUUCAACAUUUUUACUUGGGCCACAACUCGCUGAAUCGUUUUCCAGAUCUUCAGGCAGUUGCUGCAUCACUUCAGCUAUUGCAUUUGCAACACAAUUCUAUAUCAGACAUCAGCAAUACAUCAUUUGAUAUGUUUACCUCAUUGAGAAUUUUAGACCUCAGUGGCAACAGGUGUGGUUUGUUGUCAAAGGACAAUUUUGCAUCUCUUGAGUCACUGCGCGAGCUGUAUCUGUCUCAGAAUGACCUUCAAAGUCUACCAUCAUCCCUAAGCAAUUUAACACUCUUGGAGCGAUUUGAUUUGUACAACAACAGGCUUACUACCCUGGAGAAUGACACAUUCUCAGGAUUCUCUUCAUUACAUUAUCUGAAUUUGUACAACAAUUUAUUGAGUACUCUACCUAAAGGUGUUUUUGCCAGUCUCUCAUCGUUAUAUACUUUACAUUUGAGAAACAACCGGCUGACUGAACUAGAUGAAAGUGUCUUUGCCGAUCUUUUGGCAGUACGAGACUUGUGA